UGGCAGUGACAAAGAUACAAUAUGAAAAUAAAACCCAUAUUCUCCAAAACGGAAAGCAUAAAAAGAAUAUAAGCAAUGGGAACUGCGGCAAUCAAAUCAGUUAAUUUUUUAUUUAAGUACUUUUAAGCAGUAUCAACUUAAUCAGUUGCUAAAUCGUGACUGACUAUGAUAAAGGUCACAGUGAACAGGUAGCAACAAUCGCCCAUCCCUGAUUCCCCUUGUCAAUGUCGCCAGGCAAAUAAAUAAAUAUCAACAAAAUAUAGAAUGAGCGCGGAUGCGAGGAUCAAGGAGAUGGCGCCAACGCAGGACCCCAGUGUCUUGGAUAAGGAACGCGAAGUGGAUGCGACAAAUUCAAAUUCGCAGCCAAGUACCAGCGAUUGGGUCAAUUUCUCGCAAUGGAUGCAUUGCUUCUGCGUGGUCACCUUCGAUUUAAAUCUUGGUCAGGCCUUGGAGCACGUCUAUCCGCCACAGUUCAUGCCCAGCGACCAAGAGGUCAGUAACAUCUGCUACAUGGCCUUUCCGGACUCGAAUUCUGGAUGCAUGGGCGACACCAAGUUCCACAUGCGAUUGCGCUGUACAUCGAGGAGGGAAUCCCUGGCAGGAUACAAUGCCGAGUGUUCUCCUUCUCUGCGACAGGAUGCAUCCCACUAUUGGGGCUUUGUCUACUUCCGACAAAAGAGGGAUGCGAAUCUGCCGCGUGGUUACUUCCAAAAGAGCUUUAUUAUCAUCACACGGCUGCCGUUCUUCAAUCUCUACUAUGAUAUACUUUCCCAGCUGGCACCACGAUACUUUGAGGAAGGAACAGAUGUUCUCCGUCUGGCAAGUGAGCAGAUUAAUCGCCAGUGGCCCGGCCUGAGAGUGGGUAAACCACUCCAGCUUCCUCUGCUGGAGUGCAGUUAUCAAAUCUGCAUACCACGUACUAGUAGCAGCAGAAAAUCCAAUGCAGAUGGAUCCGGAAACUCAGGGGAAUUCCCAACAACUGUGGCAGUUUGUCCUGCGGCCAAAGUUUUACCCUCUGUUAACGAAAUUGAGCUCUUCCGCUCCUUGGAAUUUGUCAUGGAGCAACUAUAUACACUAUGGGAACUGGUCAUUACCGCCGAGCCCAUUGUGGUUGUCGGGACAUCACCCGCCGACUGCUCUCACAUGGUACAGACCCUUUUAGCUUUAAUUGCACCCUUGGAGUACUGUGCAGAGGCGCGUCCCUACUUCACUAUCCACGACAGCGAGUUUCGAGAGUUCACACAGGAAUGCACCAGCAAGACAACACUGCCCUCCUGCAUUUUAGGCGUGACCAAUCCGUUCUUCGUUAAACUGCUCAAGGAUUGGCCACACAUGCUAAGACUGGUGGACAACCAGAAGAACAUGCAGCAGCAACAACAUUUGUUGAUGGGUCAAAAGCAUGCUAGAAACAUCGCUUCGGCCACUUCCUUCUCCAGCUCAGCGGAACUGUCAAGCAGACCCAUAAAAUCUAGCACAGGAUUAAAUGGCAGUUCCAACAAUGGCUCGGGUGAUGCCUCGUCUUCGGGGCUGCACAGUAAAUACAGGCCGUACCUGAAAAAAGACAAAGCGCUUAUCAAAAAGGUACUGCUGGGCAUGAAGACCAAACGACCGGAGCAUGUACAAACCGCUUUGAUAAGACGCCACCUGCUCGAGCUAACCCAGAGCUUUAUGAUACCACUGGAGCGAUAUAUGGCUUCGUUGAUGCCGCUGCAAAAAGACAUUAGUCCCUUUAAGUCGGCGCCAAAUGCCAGCAGCUUUAAGCUAGAAGACUUUUUGGCCACGCUGGAAACAGCUGGACCGCAGCUCACUUCACCGCUCAAAGGAGACUGGAAGGGAUUAUACAGACGCUUCUUUCGAUCGCCCAAUUUUCGUGGAUGGUACGAGGCCCGCCAUCGGGAACUGCAGCUGACGCUACAAGAUCUCCAGUUGCAGGCCCUAUCAGAGGCUAACCUGGAACAUUGGGCACACGACAAGCAGGAGGUGGAGAUUAUCGACAUGAUACUCAAGCUCAAACAAAAACUGAAUCUCUAUGGCGACAAGGCCUCACAGCUGGAGGGAGUCAAUGGCACCCAGCAGCAAAUUCGUGCGCAGAUUGAGUGCAUGAAGGGUUUGCUUCCGCAAGAUCUCAAGAAUGUGGUGAACCUCUGAUCAUAGUUGCGGCUGUUUAGCUAAAUCUUUCACUUCUCCCUUUUUUUGGCUGCUCCAUUUCUGCCCAAGGAUUCCCGCUUGUCUGUCUGUUAUCCUGUAUGUGUGUAUGUGUGAGUGUUUAGCGAUCCUUGGGAGGAGGUGCUCUUUAUCAUUGUAAAUAAGUUUUGCCCAGAGAUUAGUCGCUGUAUUUGUGUCUAGUAUAAUUGUAACAUAAUCCCAGACAAACAAAAUAAGAUGAAUGUUAGUCGAAGCCAAGUAUUAAAUGUAAUUGAUGCGAUAUUCUUUUCAUUCAAAUCAAAAUCUAUUCAGAACGUUUACAACUUCGUAGUUCAUCCAAACAAUGCUCAUGCUCUUGACUGUCUCAAAUAAAAAAUCUAUACCUUUUUAAUGGUUUAACCUAUUCAAAUAAUACGAAUUUUCUCGUUAGAGUUCCAUAAAGUUAAGAAAACCAAUAAAUGAAAUCUAUAGUUUGGGAAGAUGUACAAAUCCUUCCUUUAAACUUCCGAAACUGAUGGGUUGACCAAUGUGAUUUAAAUCCAGUUUUGUUCUACAUCAUAAUCGUUCUGCAACUUUGUAUAUCGCUUAAAAAAUGUUUAUUUCUAUGACUGUCAAAUAUAAGAAACUAUACAUUACCAUAAA